UUUAAUCUUUUGUUAGAUAGUUAAUUUUAGACGUACUAUACGUUACAAUCAUUUUUGCGUUUCGUCUGGUUCUGUUUACUGUUUUGUGGUUUUGUUAUGCUCAUAUUCCCGGUGUUCCAAUAUAUUUUUAGAAAUUGUGUAACUUUACGGGCUGUUAACGUAGGAAUUCGGCAUCGUUGCAUAAUGGUCGAUGCAAAGUUGGAAGCUGUACCGGCGGUUGAAAUCGAUGAAGGUAUUUUCAAGUACAUCUUGAUCAAGGUGUACGGAAAAGAACGAGCUGACGGAAGUGAACCCAGUAAAAAUAUAGUUCGUGGAUUUGCUCGAGCCCAGUGGCACAACGAUAUUUACGAGGAGGUCAGCAGUUCCUUGGCCGGUCUAGGGCUGGAAACCGAGUGCCUCGGUGGAGGACGAAUCGAACACCGGCCGGACCAGAAACUUAUCAAAGUUUACGGUUACUCUCAAGGGUACGGAAAAGCGGACCAUCAAGAGACGAGACGAAUUCUGCUGACCAAAUACGGCGGUUUUCAGAUAGAGACGUCCGAUGAAGGGUACUAGAUCCGAAACCCGCUCAAGCGUUUUAAUAAAAUUUAUCUUGUUUUGAAUCUGUAAAUUUGCGUAUUUAGUCAUCCGGUAAUUUAUGCUUCUACUUAUACUUUCACUUUAGAAUAUCGUCAAAUAAAUGCUAGUUAAAGCGAGAA